GGGGCGCAGGUGGCCGCCAUCUUGGGCUGCGAACCGGCUCGGUAGGCUCCACGCUAGGGGCGGAGUGGCUGCUGCUCUGUUACUCGCAGUAGACGUCGCCGCCGGGGACUGGAAAGUCAGGGCAAGGAGGGUACCACAUUAAUGGAUGCCAUGGCUAGUCCAGGGAAAGAUAACUAUAGAAUGAAAAGUUAUAAGAAUAAAGCCCUAAAUCCUCAAGAGAUGCGUAGACGAAGAGAAGAGGAAGGAAUACAGCUUCGAAAACAAAAAAGGGAAGAACAGUUGUUCAAACGCAGAAACGUCUCUUUGCCCAGAAAUGAUGAAUCUAUGCUGGAAAGUCCUAUCCAGGAUCCGGAUAUCAGUUCCACUGUACCCAUUCCAGAGGAAGAAGUUAUUACUACAGAUAUGGUUCAGAUGAUUUUUUCUAAUAAUGCUGAUCAACAGCUAACAGCAACACAGAAAUUUAGAAAACUGCUUUCUAAAGAACCUAAUCCACCAAUAGACCAAGUUAUACAGAAACCAGGAAUCGUACAGAGAUUUGUGAAAUUUCUUGAAAGAAAUGAAAAUUGUACUUUACAAUUUGAAGCUGCGUGGGCAUUAACUAAUAUAGCAUCUGGAACUUUUCUGCAUACCAAGGUAGUGAUUGAAACUGGAGCUGUUCCAAUUUUUAUCAAACUUCUUAAUUCAGAGCAUGAAGAUGUUCAAGAACAGGCUGUUUGGGCACUUGGUAAUAUUGCUGGUGACAAUGCAGAAUGCAGAGAUUUUGUUUUGAAUUGUGAAAUACUUCCACCUCUUUUAGAGUUAUUAACAAAUUCAAACAGACUCACAACAACCAGAAAUGCUGUAUGGGCCCUCUCAAAUUUAUGUAGAGGCAAAAACCCUCCUCCAAACUUUAGUAAGGUUUCACCUUGCUUAAAUGUCCUAUCACGAUUGUUGUUUAGCAGUGACCCAGAUGUGUUAGCAGAUGUGUGUUGGGCCCUUUCUUAUCUCUCCGAUGGACCCAAUGAUAAAAUUCAAGCAGUCAUUGAUUCUGGAGUCUGUCGAAGAUUGGUGGAACUUUUGAUGCACAAUGAUUAUAAAGUUGUAUCACCUGCAUUAAGAGCAGUUGGUAAUAUUGUGACUGGUGAUGAUAUUCAAACACAGGUAAUUUUGAAUUGUUCUGCGUUACCCUGUCUCUUACACUUAUUGAGUAGCCCAAAGGAGUCAAUUAGAAAAGAAGCCUGCUGGACCGUUUCUAACAUCACUGCUGGAAACAGAGCUCAGAUUCAGGCUGUUAUAGAUGCAAAUAUUUUUCCUGUUUUGAUUGAGAUUCUUCAGAAAGCAGAGUUUCGCACCAGAAAAGAAGCAGCUUGGGCUAUAACUAAUGCAACAUCAGGAGGCACUCCAGAGCAAAUAAGGUAUUUGGUAGCCUUAGGCUGCAUUAAACCACUUUGUGAUCUUUUGACUGUUAUGGACUCCAAAAUAGUCCAAGUAGCUUUAAAUGGACUUGAAAAUAUUUUACGUCUUGGAGAACAAGAAUCUAAGCAGAAUGGAAUAGGCAUUAAUUCAUACUGUGCUCUCAUUGAAGAAGCAUAUGGUCUGGAUAAAAUUGAGUUUCUGCAAAGCCAUGAAAAUCAGGAAAUUUACCAAAAGGCUUUUGAUCUGAUUGAACAUUACUUUGGUGUAGAAGAAGAUGACCCCAGCAUUGUACCUCAGGUGGAUGAAAACCAACAACAGUUUGUAUUUCAGCAGCAGGAAGCACCAAUGGAAGGGUUUCAACUUUAACUUGGUGGAAGCAAGAAAUGAAUGGCUAAAAAGGGUAGCUUUACAUAUUUCCUUUUUGUUGCCAGUGUCAAUGUUUGAUGUUUUUUGCAUAGAAUAGAAAAGAAAGAAUUUGAUGGACUUUUUAAAAGCAAAACAAAAACAAAUGUUUCCAUUCAGAUGCAAUCUUUCAUUGUAGUUUGUUCACUUGUUUUUUUUUU